UGCGAUGGCCCCUGAUAACAGCGAUAAAGCCGUAUUUAAUACUAGUAUUAUUCUAGACACUAUGACUAACGUUGCUUUGGUAGUUGGAGCAGCGAGCAAUUUAGGUUUUCAUGUACUAAAAAAACUUACAACAUUGUACAAAGGAAAGAUUUACUUCACAACAGAAGAUGCCUCGACUGGAUACAAUAUACAAGAGACAUUGGAAGGAACCGCUGAUGUGGAAUUCAUCCAAAUGGAUAUAACUUAUACGAAAAGUAUUAUCAAAUUGCGACAUCAUAUACAAGAUCUGGAUGAAAGAAUUGAUUUACUAAUCAACAAUACGGAGUACGUGCCGACGGAUAAAAAAAUAACGCAUGCUGAAAAAGUGAGAAGGACAUUAAGUGUGAAUUUCUACGGCUAUAUUAAUUUUGGAAAAUUAGUUUAUCCAAUACUUAGUGAAAACGCAAGAGUAGUGAAUGUAUCAGGACCAGCAGGAUUGUUAGCUACAAUUGAAAACGAAGAUAUCAGACGAAGAAUUAGCGAUCCGUAUCUCACAGAAGAUGAGCUAGUAGCUAUCAUGCAGGAGUACGAGGAAGCUGCAAGGAAGGGUAUCGAGAAGACUGAAGGAUGGGGCAUGAGUGUGACAGCAGUCAGUAAAGUUUCCUUAAACGCUGUUACAUUUCUGCAACAUAGAGAAUGGUCUGAUAAAGGCAUUGUAAUAAAUUGUGUAAAUCCUGGAAAUGUUUCGACUAGAGAAGGAAGGAAGACGGCUAAAGUAUACGAAGAAGGUGCUAAAGCUAUUUUGUAUUUGGCAUUAGAAGCUCCGUUAUCGAUUAAGGGCAAUUUUGUAUGGAGUAAUUAUAAUGUUAUUGAAUGGAACAGUGAUCCGUACGUUGAAGUGACUACCGUGUAAAUAUCAAGUACUAUUUAUAUCUUCUACUAUUAAUUUAUUCUAAUAGUUGUAUGAAUGUAUUAAAUAGUCGUAAAUCCCGCAACAACAAUAUUUUUUGGGUGCACGAAUGGGCCGGAUCGACAUCACAAAUGAAAGGCUUAUAAGGAAGCGAUUGCGCGUUUGAGGCCUAAUUUAAGUCCACGUCACUUCCCACCCUUUUCUUAUAAGGAAAUGAUGGGAAGAUUAAGUCGAUUUAGCGGAGGAGUUGACGCUUAGGAAGGUGAUAUAUCUUCUUUCUGUGCGUUCCCUUCUCAUUUCUCAUGAUGAUUGUGAAAUGUGUGCAAUACAGCUGAAGUUUUUUUUUGUACUAACAUGUCUAAAAUAUUAUAUUAUGAUAUGUGAAAGAGUACUAUCUCAUUAUUAAAGAGUGUUACAAGUUA